AUUGCCCCUGAUAAUGAAGAUACUAAUGCAAAAUUAACGAGGAAAGAUGUUACUGCAUAUCUUUGCCCUCCUAGGCCAUGGACUAAAGUAGAUAAAGAUCAUCUUAUUGAAGGAGUUGCUGCAAAUGCUCUGAAUAUUGUACUUAAACCAUAUAAAACCAAGAGAGAUUAUAUAAAAAAUAAGAUUAAAGAUAAGAAUUUGUUAGAGUUUGAAGUGGAAAUACUUAAAAAGCAAAUCAUUAAAUUGGAAAGGAAAAUCAGAGAAGAAAGUCAAAGGCCUUUAGCAGAAAUCUUAGAGGAUACCAAGGGCAAACUCGAUUGGAUGACUAUAUCUGCAACAAAUCUGCAAGGAAACAAAACUGAAGAAGAAUGUGAAAUCAUGUGGAACAAUUACAUUAGUUAUUCAGUUAACAAAGAUGCUUUUUCUGCUGUUGAGGAUAAAAAGUUAAAACGUUUAGUAGAUAGAUAUAAGGCAAGAAAUUGGGAUGCAAUUGCAGUGGAGUUGGGGACCAACAGGACUGCUAUUCAGUGUUUGGAAAGGUAUCAAACCCAUCUCAAUGAAGAAUUAACUAAAAGAUAUUGGACUCCUGAAGAAGACAAGAAAUUGAUGGAAUUGGUAGAUGCUUUUAAAGUUGGAAAUUUUAUACCUUGGAAUCAUGUAUGCAGUCAUAUGGAAGGACGAACUAGACACCAGAUACUGAAUCGUUAUGACAGAACCAUAUCUAAGGAAAUAAAAAGAACACCAUUUACACCAGAGGAAGAUGCGAUGAUUCUUGCUUGUGUGCAAAAAUUUGGCAAACAGUGGACUAAAAUGAAAGAAUUUCUACCUGGACGAUCUACAUACACCAUCAGAGAGAGAUUUGUUAAUACUUUGGAUCCUGCUUUGAAAAUUGGUGCCUGGACAACCGCAGAAGAUUUGCGUUUAAUUGAGCUCUUAAAAAAGCAUGGUUAUGGAAAAUGGGCUCUCAUCUCUCGUGAAAUGGAAGGCAGGACUGAUAAUAUGUGCUUGGUCCGUGCUCGAAGGUUAGAACUGCACACCAAACGUAUUCAGAAGGGUAAGAAGAAAGUACGUGAUGAAAAAGGGGGAAUAAUUUUAAAGCCAAAUGCUCCUUCAAAGAAUUGUGUUACACAAAAUGCUAGACUGAAAGGCAUUCAGAACAGUGCUAUGUCUGCAUUAAAAUCUGCUUUGGAAAAGAUACAGCAUAUGGUUGAUGAAAAGAUAGAUUUUGAAAAAUUUGGUACUUCUAAUCUUUCGAUGCCCUCUUUGCGAAUACUUCAAAAGGAGUUGUUCAGUAAAAUUUCAGAUAAAAAUGACGAUGAAUGGGUUCCCAAAUAUGUUCCAGAAUGUUAUCAGAAAAGCAAAACCGAUUCAGUCUGUAAAAAGAGGAAGGGAGUCUUUGAGCUUGAUGACUAUGUAAGCACUGAUGAAGAAAAGAAACCCAAAAAGGAACCUAUAGAUCAAGAUGAGGAACUUGAUGGAUCAGAAGAAGAUGAUGAUGAUAUCCUUCUUAAUAGCACUGAUAGACUCUGGUUAUAUAAUGUUUUGCAAGACAGGUUGCGUGAAGAAGCUAAUCUGAUGCCUUCUAUGAUGACUAGUGGUCCUAUUUGUAUGAAUGCCCGGGAAACUGCUGAAUAUAAUUUUUAUAGGUCUUUUUUAAGAAAGAAAAUGCAUUGUGAAGACACUCUAGAAAGUGAAGUUAAUGAAAAACCGGAAUAUAAGGAGACUUUAUCUAAUGUGAUUCGUUAUUUUAUUCAACCUGAACCAGAUAAUCCAGAGCAGCUACCUGUUUUAUGUCCCAAUUUUUCUACGUUAAGUGCCUUAGAGGUUAUGGAAGUUACUAAACCAAGACUAAGAAGAACUGCUGGCUAUAUUAAUGAGAGUCGAAGUUAUCUGAAGUACUUAAUUGGACACUCUGCGGAAGAGCCAAAAUGUUCAAAAUGCAGAGGCCCUGGCCGCAAUGCUAAUAAUGAAGUAUUGGAAUCAGUUUUGAAGUCAAUGCAAACGAGACAUUUAGUCAUAGAUGACAGUAUGCAUAAAGCUGCUGAAGUUGAAGUUGGUUUUCCAUCUGACGAAUGUUGUUGUGAGGAGCUAGUGGAGUCUAGAAAUGCAUUUAAUCUGUUGCAACAACGAUUUUUAUCAAUUUUUCUUUGGCCUUCAUUGCUUUCAUCUCAUCCUCUUACUGAAGAACAAGAAAAAUUAAUUGGCAAAACUAAAGCAAAAAAGUACACUGCAUCAAGUCUGAAGGCCAAUGGCCCAUUUGGAGUUAAAAGGAAAAGGGGUAGACCACCUAAGAUUAUUGUCAAGGUAGAAGAAAACUCGCUAACUGAAGAAACUGAACAACAACAGGAAUCACCAGAAUUAGACGAAAUGGAACUCAGUGGCGUGAAACCUCCUAAGAAGUCUAGGAAAAGCAAAUCCCAAAAAGACCCCCUAGUUCACAAACCAAGGCAUUAUAAAGAAGAAAAUGCAGUUUCACUUAGAAGGAGCAGCCGUAGCUGUGUUUUAGAAAGAAAGACUUCUGUUGAUUCAGAGGAAGAUCCAGAUCAAGAAUCAGACACUUGAUUCUAUUGCCAAUUAUCAAUUUUAAUUCAAUCAUCCAUUCAAUAUUGUACUAUUUCUUCUUCUUUUCAAUCUUGUAUCAUAAUAUACAUUUGCAUUUUCAUAUUGUCAUUAUUCAUGGGGUUUAUAAAUAAUGUAAAAUAUUUAAAUAAUUAGUGAGAGGCUAACAACAUUUUUUGUCUUCAUGUAAAAAUUUAAAACAUUAUUUCAGGUUUUGGAUUUACAAGACGUUAAAUGUUAAGGAUUGUGUUAUGCACAAAGUUGUGAUACCACAUGAAAGGUUGUUUCAU